AUACUGUUUGAAUCAGGUACAGCAAGCGAUCCUCCUUCUAGGAAGUCAUUUUGAAUAUCCACAAGAAUAAGAGCAACCUUUUCAGACAUGAUGAUAAAAUCAAAAGGGAAACGCGCUUUUUAUUUUCAUUCUUUUUUUUUCAUAAUGGAAACACAGGCUUUUUUCACAGAGAGUAGAGAUAUUCUUGACGCUCAUCAUGAUAGACGCGAGCGGAUCAUUAAAGUAUCAAGAGAUAUUACAGCACAAAGUAAAAAGAUGAUAUUUGCACUCCAUAGAGCUGUUCAAGGGAACAAGAAAUACAAAGAAGUCGACCAAAAACAAGCAGAAAUAUUGAACUUGUUCAAGAAACUGUCUGAGGAUAUUCAAGGCACAAACUAUCAUAGAUAUUCGAGGAGUUUCUCAGGUGGUUUUGAAGAAUUUAUUGAAGCUGUUGCCUUUUAUCAUUUUAUAUUACAUAAACAAGUGAUCACUAAAGAGCAAAUCAAUAAUUACUUUAAAGAUGAGCAAGGCAAGAUGUGGAUUCAGGUCAAGCAUGAAGAUUAUAUUUUGGGUUUAGCUGAUUUUACGGGUGAAUUAAUGAGACAUGCUAUUCAAAUCGUCUCUUCAGGAAAACAUGAAGAGGCUUUGGAUAUCUGUAUUUUAUUAAGAAAGAUUGAUCUUGAUUUUGAAGUCGUGGCGACAUUAUACAUGCCACAAUUGAACAAAAAGUUGGGUGCAUUAAAGUCCAGUAUUAAAAAAGUAGAACAAGCUGUGUAUAACUUCAAGUUGAGAGGCAGUGAAUAUCCCAGGGAAAUGUACUUGUCAAUUAUCAAAAAUCAUCAAGAGCAAGAGCAAUCACAAGAGCAAAUCGAAUACUAGGAACUAUUGCUGUCAUUUGAGAGUGGUUGUUGAAGAAUAAAUCAUCAAAUACAUUUAUGGCCCAUAUGGUUCGUAUAAAGUAAAGAGCAUUUGCAUUGUUAUACUUGAUUAUUGACAAUAAAAAUUAUCUAUUAUUGUAUUCUGAA